CGAAGUAUGUUGUCACACUUUCUAACACUUUCUAACACACAAUACAUCACAAUGAUAUAAAUGUCAUACCAAAUGAAAGGAGGAAGUCUUGGGUACAUAUUUUGUAUUCAUUACAGCUUCCUAUCUUAUUUCAGUAUGGAGUUGUAGAUUGUUAAAUAGUGUGCACUUGUGACAAUUUGCCCCAUCAGCGGGUAAGGUAAAUCGUCAUAUUGGAUUAUCAACAAAUAAGAACACAACUCAUUAUUUGUGAAUAUUGAUUUUAAUUUCAAUUUCAAAACCAAAUUCAACUUCAUUAAAGAAUUCAAAAUAAAAACAAUCAUGCCUUGAGAAUCAAAACAAUGCUGGCAGAACACAGAUUAAGUGGCACGACCACUUUACAAAUAGAAAGUUCUCUGGCAUGCACAUAGAUCCACGAUAAUUGUUGGAAUGGAAUUCUGCAGAUAACUUGCUUAAAUGUCCAAAGUCUUAACAGAAGUGGUGCCACUAAUACACAGUUUUGUAACAGUCUAUGGGACAUACAUCCAUAUCAGAUAAAUCAGACUCCUCUUCAGAGUCAGUUCUGACACACAAAUGGCCUGGCCUGAGGUACAAGCAUCAUGGGCCAUUUGUUGCAUCUCACACACUUCACCCAAGUCUCAUUUAGAAGGCUGUUUGAAAAUGGCUCCACACAGACGAGGCAGAAGCACUCCUCUUCAUCUGAUGGUGAAUCUUCUACAAUUUCUUUUUUGAGAUGCCUUGUUUUUUGCAGAUCCAGAUUGACUCCUCCCCCUCCUUGCUUCCCUUCAGAAACAGACUUUUGCUAGAUUGUGACUUAUUCUUUUCCAUUUCUAGUGCCUGCUUCACUGGUGUGUCAGUUAGAAUUGCUGUUUUGUGCUGUUUUCUUCCUUUGCAAGCUGGUUUUCAGGGGCCAGCUUUUGGAUAUGGCCAGAUGUCCUCUGGAGUUGGUAGUCCGCUGUCAGCAAUGGCAUUGCUGGGCAAGGGUGAGCUGGUGCUAUCUUAAGAACUGGAAUGGUGCUGGGGCCUGGCAGGAACAUUGCAGGGCUGGUAGGGUUCUGAAUGGGGCGAUCUGUAACAAACUCAGUUUCCAGAAAUACAUCCCUGUUGUAAGGUUGUACUCCAGCCACCCUAAAGCCAGUCUGAAUGUUCAAGGGGGUUGCAGCCAGAGGAUAGGAGAUUGUCAAUUUAUGACAUUCCUGGGAUUGUGGCAAUGUCUUCCCGGGAUUAUUCCUCAUCCAGGCAUCACACGUGGUGUUGAUGUGCCUCUUUAGCAGCCCAUAGACAGAAUUGUCUAAGGGUUGAAGCCGAUGAGAGCAAUGUGGUGGGAAUGACAGCAUAUUUAUGCCAUAGUUCAGUCCAUCAAUGGACAGAUGAGACUCAUGAACAGGAAGUUCACCAUAGAACAUGGUCACACAAAGUAGCUAUUUGAUUUGAGCGCCUCUAGUGAGCACCUAGUGUUGGAGGUAUUUAUAAUUUUUACCUUUAUUUAACUAGCAAGUCGGUUAAGAACAAAUUCUUAUUUUCAAUGACGGCCUAGGAACAGUGGGUUAACUGCCUGUUCAGGGGCAGAAUGACAGAUUUGUACCUUGUCAGCUCGGGAAUUUGAACAUGAAACCUUUCGGUUACUAGUCCAACGCUCUAACCACUAGGCUACCCUGCCGCCCACUGUAUGAACAGUGACACUUUACCUUGCUCUCCCCUACUUAAGUAGUACUUUAAAGUAGUUUUACUUAAGUUGUUUUUGGGGGUAUCUGUACUUUACUAUUUAUAUUUGACAACUUUUACUUUACUACAUUCCUAAAGAAAACAAUAUACUUUUUAUUCCAUACAUUUUCUCUGACACCCAAAAGUACUUGUUACAUUUUGAAUGGCUAGCAGGACAGAAAUCACGCAUUAUCAAGAACAUCCCUGGUCAUCCCUAUUGCAUCUGAUCUGGCGGACUCACUAUACACAAAUGCUAAGUUUGUAAAUUGUUGGAGUGUGCUCCUGGCGAUCUGUAAAAAAAUAAAAUGGUACCAUCUUUUUUCUAAUAUAGGGAAUUUGAAGUGAUUUACUUUUUACUUACAAUACUUAAGUAUAUUUGAGCAAUUAUUUACUUUUGAUAAUUUAAGUAUGUUUAAAACCAAAUACUUUGACUUACUCAAGUAAUAUUUUACUGGGUGACUCACUUUUACUUGAGUAAUUUUCUAUUAAAAAAAGGUAUCUUUACUUUUUCUCAAGUAUAACAAUUCUGUACUUUUUCCACCACUGGAAAGUAGACUUUUCUACUAGUAGUACUAACUAUUCUGAACAAAAAUAUAAAAUGCAACAAUUUCAAAGAUUUUAUAGUUCAUAUAAAGAAAUCAGUCAAUUGAAAUAAAUUCAUUAGGCCCUAAUCUAUGGAUUUCACAUGCCUGGGAAUACAGAUAUGCAUCUGUUGUUCACAGAUACCUUAAAAGGUAGGGGCGUGGAUCAGAAAACCAGUCAGUAUCUGGUGUGACCAUGUGCCUCAUGCAGCGUCACAUCUCCUUCGCAGAAUUGAUCAGGCUGUUGAUUAUGGCCUGUGGAAUGUUGUCCCACUCUUCAAUGGCUGUGCAAAGUUGCUGUAACUGGAACACGCUGUCAUGGGUGUUGAUCCAGAGCAUCCCAAACAAGCUCAAUGGGUGAAAUGUCUGGUGAGUAUGCAGGCCAUGGAAGAACUGGGACAUUUUCAGCUUCCAGGAAUUGUAUUCAGAUGCUUGCGACAUGGGGCAGUGCGUUAUCAUGCUGAAACAUGAGGUGAAGGUGGCGGAUUAAUGGCACGACAACAGGCCUCAGGAUCUCGUCACGGUAUCUCUGCAUUCAAAUUGCCAUCGAUAAAAUGCAAUUGUGUUUGUUGUCCGUAGCUUAUGCCUGCCCAUACCAAAACCCCACCGCCACCAUGGGGCACUCUGUUCACAAUGUUGACAUCAGCAAACUGCUCGGUACAGUUGAAACCGGGAUUCAUCCAUGAAGAGCGCACCUCUCCUCCAGCGUGCCAGUGGCCAUUGAAGUACCUCCACCUCUCGUUCUGACCGGUCCGCUCAUGCUGCCAAGCCCACCUUUGCAAUGUCUUCUGACAAUGUGUCCAUCUCAACAGACUUUUCCCCAGAGCUACGGGGUAGACCUAAAGCGGUUGCCAAGGUGCUCAGGGAUUCAAAAGAAGAACCACAGUUACUACCAAAGGAAAGCGUGCAAGACCUGGCCAAAGAUGUCACCUACAUCUGUCCUUACAUCGGUGCACUGAGGGGGACAUUGACUGUCACCAACUACAGGUUGUUUUUCAAAUGCAUGGACAGGGAACCAGCGUUUGUGCUGGACUUGCCCCUGGGGGUAGUGAGCCGGGUGGAGAAGAUAGGAGGGGCAUCUAGCCGUGGUGAGGUCUCCUACGGGCUUGUCUGCAAGGAUAUCCGUAAUCUGCGGUUUGCACACAAGCAGAUGGAGGAUUCACUCAGGAAGUCCAUUUUCGAAAUCCUGAUGAAAUUUGCCUUUCCUGUUUCUAAUGGUCUGACAAUCUUUGCCUUUGAGUAUGGGCAGGUCUAUCCUGAAAAUGGCUGGAAAGUGUAUGAUGCUCAAGCGGAAUACAAAAGACAGGGCUUACCCAACGAGAGCUGGAGGAUAACUAAAGUGAAUGAUCACUACGAGCUGUGUGACACUUACCCAUCAACCCUGGUGGUGCCUGUUAACAUCCCAGACGAGGAGUUGAAGAGAGUGGCUGCCUUCAGAGCCAAGGGCAGGAUACCUGUGCUGUCAUGGAUUCACCCAGAGAGCCAGGCCACAGUGAUCCGCUGUAGUCAGCCCAUGGUCGGGGUCAACGGCAAGCGCAGCAAAGAUGAUGAGAAGUACCUCCAGACCAUCAUGGAUGCCAACGCUCAGUCCCACAAGCUCUUCAUCUUCGAUGCCAGGCCUAGCGUCAAUGCUGCUGCCAACAAGAUGAAAGGGGGUGGCUAUGAGAGUGAGGAUGCCUAUCAGAAUGCAGAAUUGGUGUUCUUGGACAUCCACAACAUCCACGUGAUGAGGGAGUCACUGCGCAAGCUGAAGGAGGUAGUCUAUCCCAACAUCGAGGAGUCCCAUUGGUUCUCCAACCUCGAGUCCACUCAUUGGCUGGAACACAUCAAGCUGAUCCUGGCUGGGGCGCUGCGUAUUGCAGACAAGGUGGAGUCAGGGAAGACGUCAGUGGUGGUUCACUGCAGUGAUGGGUGGGACCGUACUGCCCAGCUCACCUCCCUGGCCAUGGUGAUGCUGGACGGACACUACCGCACCAUCCGCGGCUUCCAGGUGCUGCUGGAGAAAGAGUGGCUGAGCUUCGGCCACCGCUUCCAGCUGAGGAUCGGUCAUGGGGAUAAGAACCACACAGACGCAGACCGCUCGCCUGUCUUCCUGCAGUUCAUAGACUGCGUGUGGCAGAUGACCCGCCAGUUUCCUGCAGCCUUUGAGUUCAACGAAUACUUCCUGAUCACCAUCCUGGACCACCUGUACAGCUGCCUGUUUGGGACGUUCAUGUGUAAUAGUGAACAGCAAAGGGUGAAGGAGGAGCUGCCCAAGAAGACAGUUUCCCUGUGGGCCUACAUCAACAGCCAGCCAGAGGAGUUCACCAACCCUCUGUAUGUCAACUAUUCCAACCAUGUGCUGUUCCCAGUGGUCAGCAUGCGCCACCUGGAGCUCUGGGUGGGAUACUACAUCCGCUGGAACCCUCGCAUGAGGCCACAGGAGCCUGUUCACCAGCGCUACAAGGAGCUGCUGGCAAAGCGGGCGGAGCUUCAGAAGAGGGUGGAGGAGCUGCAGCGAGAGGUGACCAAUCGCUCUGCCUCCUCAUCCUCUGAGAGGGCGGGCUCUCCCACCCGCUCCAUCACUCCAGUUCAGACCUUUGUCUGACAAGCAGACAGACAAAACCCAGGGGGAUAGUGUCCGGAAGCUUAUAGUGGACGGCUGAGGACCGAGGCCCAACUCCUAUAGGAAGCAAAACAACCAACAAGUGUCUGUAGAAACCGCAUAUUGGCCUUUGGCUGCUCCACCUCAACAGCUGAGGUCAUAUAGAGUCAGAACUGUAGAAUGAGAAUAAGAAGAUUAAUUUAUAUCUCUAUGGUCAGAACCUGCUGCACCAAACAGAGCUGCCUUUGUUUCCAACCACCUUGCUACAGCCAUACUACACUCUACUGACCUCUGCUGCCAGGGUCAAGAGUACUGUAACAUAUUAUCAUCAAAUAAGUAUGAAAUAUAUUAGCUUACUGAAUGUAGGUAUUACAUUUAUUCUAAGUGAUAAGUACACUAAUUGAUUAAUAGGAUAAAACAAGCAACACACUAAAAAUAAUAGCUCAAUUAAUUCCUCCAUUGUUAAAGCAGGGUGGAGAUUUAUUCCAGAAAGGCAGGCUAUUUAAACAAAUGUAUGUUUAUUUCUACUUGACAUAAUCCAAAUAGGGUUUGAGGUCAGAAUUGUCUCGGAGUUGAGAAAAUAGUUACUGAAUGGACACAUUUUGACCAAAUAGGUGUGAAUGAAUCAAUGUGGGCAUGGGUGGGUGCAUUGUUAGUUAUGUAUAACAUUCCAUCUGAUCAGUAUGUUGUGUUUUUAAGCUGUCAAGUUCCUUUUAUUAGCAAGUUAACUGAAUACUAUUUUCUGUCUCGUAGGUUGUGUGUACAGUUUACAGUAUACCAUAUACUUAUAGGCUUACAGUUCGGUCUCAUUCCUAAUUGAUUAGGUUAUAGCUUGAGGGCUUUUUGACUGCAAAGACCAGUUAAUCAUCUAAUACAUUGAAUUGUUGCAAUGAGUGGUCAUCUUGACUUAGUUAAAUAUUGUUAACGAUAAGCAUGAAGACUGAUCUGUAUACCAUCCCUCACUCCUACAGCAAAGAUGAGGGAGUAGUGGUGGAAAUCUUUAUGAUAUGGACUAGUCUAGACAAGUCUAGCUACAGUUAUGCUGUGCAUCAUAUAUAGGGAGGAGGGAUAAUGUUAGAGGGUAGCUAUAUGAAUUGUAUGUUAGAAUUUUGGCCCUGUUAUCUGCUUAUGUGUAUAUUGUGGUGAUUUCUGCGAUAACAUCACGUUGCAGACUUCUCACUCAGAAAAUGGAUCAUCAGGAUUGACAAUGUGCAUUUAAUGGUUUAGUUAGGGUUUUAAAAUGAAAGCUGUAACUAAGUGCUUCUUGAAAGGUCAUACUCACAGGUUCUUAAUAAAUGCUGCAUAUGUA